AUGGACGAGGCCGAAGUAGUCAGAAUUGUGGAAUCGACUGUUACAAAGAAGAAUGAGAAUCUCUUAGCGUCUAUGAAGUUGUUGCUCGAUGACUCCUUAAACGAGCUGAAACAUUCGCAUGCGGACACCGCAGAUUCCCACCUCAAAGAAAUCAAGAAGCUUAAGUUCGACGAGCCUCAUCGGUUUAAAAAGAGAGGUAACGAAGAUCAAUAUCGAUUCAACCUCAAAGUCAGCGACGCUAUUGAAGAGGCUAAAGAUGCUUGUUCCGCUUGUCAGUUUGAUAAAGUUCACGCUUCACUUGAGAAAGGUGAGAAGUUAUUGACUGAGAGGCAGAAACAUAUUCUGCUUGCUGACAAGUCAGACUUUGGGUAGUCAUUGAUUCGUGAAUACAAACGUAACGAUCUUGCGGAGGAUUCCGACAACGAGAAGAAGAUUAUCAGAGCAGUGGCUAGGGCACGUAACCAGGCUAAACAAAGCGAACGUUUUAAGUCAAGGCAAACAAACAGAAGAGAUCCCACUGCGUUAACGUCGGUCGCUGCUGCUGCUUCUAGCCAGUGUAGUGGGAAACCUAUUCCAGCCCAGAACGCCACAAGCCAAACCGGGUUCCUGUUUUGCCUGUAAUAAACCUGGACAUUGGAGGGCCCAGUGUCCUUAUACUGCAAAGUCAACCACCGGCUAAUGACUAGCCACCGGCGAUCCACAAAAUUUUCAAGGUGUAGUCAAUUCCAUUGUUUCAAAUAGCUCUAGUGACUGUUCUGAUGAUGAUCUUUUAAAUUCAGAUCGUCCUGAUCAGGCAGUAAAAAUAAGGUCGCUGUUAAAUUAUGAGUUUACUUCAGGGCAAUAUAACAGCCCUUCGGUUCGUGGUCGUUUGUCUUUGUGCUACGAUCAAUGGGUGAAAUUAGGCGCCUCGGGGUUUAUAUUAAGCGUUGUCCGUGACGGUUAUAAAAUUCCUUUCGUGACUUUUCCGCCCCCUAAAGUUAUUCCUAACAAUCACUCUGCUAUUACCCACAGUCAUUUUGUUUCUGAGGCUAUUUGCGACCUGUUAAGAACUAAGUGUGUUGGGAUUCUGGAUCACAAGCCGGAUAUCGUUAAUCCACUUUCUGUCUCCAUACAGUCUUCAGGCAAGAAGAGAUUAAUUCUUGAUUUGAGGCACGUUAAUCUGUAUGUUUUUAAGCGUAAAUUUAGAUGCGAAGAUGUAUUGGUUGCCCUUCAAAUUUUCUCUCAAGGGUUUUUUCUUUUCAAGUUCGACUUGAAGUCCGGUUAUCAUCACGUUGAAAUUUUUCCCGAUUACCGUUAAUACUUAGCUUUCUCCUGGGAUUUUGGCGACGGUGUUGUGAAGUAUUUUCAGUUCACAGUUUUAUCUUUCGGGUUGUCUUCCGCAACGUAUUUGUUAACAAAAUUAUUAAAGCCUAUUCUUACUUCAUGGAGGUGCAAAGGAAUUCCCAUGGCUAUUUUUCUCGAUGACGGCUUAGGGGGUGGUAGCAGUUCUAUCAAGGCCAAAAUCAACAGUUUGACUGUUCGCGCUGAUUUGACUAGGUACGGCUUUGUUAUUAACGAAGAGAAGUCCCUUUGGGAACAUGUUCAAGUUAUUACCUGGCUCGGCACUGUUUUUGAUGCUUAUCAAGGAUUUAUUUCGGUUUCCGAGCGAAGGGUUCCAAAGCUUAAGAGUAGUAUUGAUCUCUUACGUAAGGAUGACUGUAAAAGUUUCAAAGUUACAGAUGUAGCCUCUGUGGUAGGCCAAGUCAUCUUGCUCACUCCUUGUGUUGGAAGUGUAGCCAGAAUUAUGACACGUGCUUUGUACACAGUUGUAAAUCAGAAACAGUCUUGGAACUCUAAGGCUGAGUUGACUAAAGAAGCUUGUCAUGAAUUAACGUUUUGGAUAGACAACGUCGACUGUCUUAAUUUUCGUUGCCCCUGGUUACCUUUUCAACCGCCCGCUAGAUUUGUCUAUUCUGACGCAUCAGAUUACGCUUGUAGUUCUUUUGUUGAAAACAAGCAUAUUAAGACUUUUCAUCAAAAUUGGAGUGCUAGAGAGGGUUCUUAA